CCUUUUUCUGAAGAACCUAGAGACACUUGAAAAAGUAGAAAGGUUGGAGAGAUGGCAAGUAAGCCUCAUAAGAAGUCUUGGGAUGAAGAAACGGCAGAUUUAUUUCAUGAUUCUAAAUCAGAACAGGUACCCCUCAGCGAAAGCAAUCCCCGAUUGUAUAAAUUUUGGGAUAUUAAUCAGAAAUACUUAUUUUUGGUGGAGAACACAUUAGUGGCAGAUGUGAAAACUUCUAAUUCACCAGAGCAGUUAAUGGCCGUGCUUCCAAAUAUUUCUCUAGAUUCAGCACAAAAGCCCAUAUUUAUGGCCCCCGAAAAGAAGAAGAGCUGCCUGUCUUGUGUGAAGUCUGGGACUGGCCAAUAUCAGAUAGAGUUGAAAGAGAAAGAUAUUAAGGAACUUUAUGGAGAUCCCAAAAAUGCCAAAGCUUUCACUUUUUAUAGUAAGGAGGAAGGCAACGGUGAUAAAUGCACUUUUGAAUCUGCAGAGUUCCCAGGUUGGUUCAUCAGCACUUCUUCAGAAGCCAAAAAGCCUAUUGGUUUGAGUCAAAAAGGAGGAACUCAGAACAUCCUGUUUUACUUUAAAAGAAAAUCAUGAGUCAGAAACACUGUUCUGCAUCGAUGUGUCUAACAGACCAUGUGCAUACAAAUUGGAAUGGAGCCAGAAUAUAUGAUUAGGCCAAUGAGUAGAUUUAGA